AAUGCCGCGUACUUUACGCAGCUGCGUUGCACAUGUGCGUAUUUCAUAGAAAGACCUCAAACACAGCAGCUAUGGAGGGAGAGAGUUGGUGUUGAUGGUUGAACAAAGUGCCUCUGGACAUAUUUCCAACUCUGUCAGUAUGUGGGUAUUCAGUAUUGUGCAUCAGCACAGGAUGCUGCUUGUCUGGACCAGAAGAUUGCAGACUCCUGUUUUAAUCUCCAGAGUGGGCUCUCAGUCUGCCUCCUACCACCUCACAGCUGCUCUCCUGAGUCCAGACGACAGCAGCUUCAACCCUGUGCCGAAGAGACCACGCAAAGUGUUCAAUACCUCCGGGGUCCAACCCAAACCUGAUGCAUCUGAUGGACGACGGGAUCGUGAGAGGUCAGGUCAGAGCAAAGCGUGGAAAAGUGAGAUCCCAGUGAAGCACAAUCAGAGGAGGGGAGACGACAGCAGGGUGUCGUCUGAACUCAGGAGACUGUGUCUGGAUGAUUUCCCUGCGGAGAGGGAGAAACGGGGGAGACAGCAGUCGACACUGGACUCCAAAGCAGAGAGCUACGAGGUUGUGUUUGGCAUCGCUCCCUGUCUCUUGGCUCUGUCUCAGGGUAGAAGGACGGCCCGUAAACUGUUUGUAAAAGAUGGCGAGGCCUCUCACAGGGCUUCUGUGCUGCAGGUGUGUGAGGUGGCCCAUCAGCGAGGAGUCCAAAUCCAUCGGGUCAGUAGGAAAGAUCUGGACAAGAUGUCUUCUGGGCGACUACAUCAGGGAGUGUGUCUGCAGGCCAGUCCUCUGAGAUACCUCACUGAAAGCAGAGACUCAGCACCCAGCAGGGAAGACCGCCGCACCCCUCUCUGGCUUGUCCUGGAGGGAAUUCAGGACCCGAUGAACCUCGGCGCCAUCCUGCGCACUGCCUAUUUCCUCGGCGUGGACAGAGUCGCCAGCAGUCUUCGCGACAGCUGUCCGUUGUCCCCGGUGGUCAGCAAGGCCAGCUCAGGCGUCAUGGAGGUGAUAGGCGUGUACGGGUAUGAAAACCUGGAAGACAUGCUGAGGCUGAAGGCGGCACGGGGCUGGCAGGUGGUCGGCACCGUGGGAGCUGAAGCGGAGGAGAUCCAGAUUCCUGUCACCCAGUGUUCACACUUUCAGAUGACUAAACCCACGUUGUUGUUGAUGGGGGGCGAGGGGGAAGGGUUGUCCCGGGAGCUGCUCUCGCUGUGCCAAACUCUUCUCACCAUCCCAGCCGGCAGAGAGCUGCACCCCGGGGUCGAGUCUCUCAACGUGUCUGUAGCUACAGCCAUCCUGCUGCACUCUCUGCUCAGCUCCAGAUGAUGAAUGUUCAAGGAUCCAGGGGAUAUUUUAUUGUCAUUCACAAGGUUGUCCUUCAUGCUACCUCCAGAAAACUAAAAUUAAAAUGGUUAAUAAUAAAAAACUGCCUGUACUUCAACCAAAGAUGCAGAGAACUGAUGUAGAAUCACAUUUAUAAAUUGAUCUGCAAACUUUAGAGGUGGUGUUAAAUGAUGAAGUUGAUGUUAUUCUGUAUUUAUUUUAUUGUCAACAACAACAAUGAAUUGUGUGUGUGUGUGUGUGUGUGUGUGUGUGUGUGUGUGUGUUGUAUUUCCUCCUGAUUGAGUAAAGUUUGCUAAAAACUGCAGUGCCCAGCUGUUUAAGGUUAUAACUGAGCCAUUGUUAAAAAUGUAUCUUCAGUAGAAACCAGCGAACUUGAGGCCGGAAGAGAAGUUUGAAAGUUUUGUUACAUGAACUUGACAUUUGAUCUUCUAAUUGGAUUUGUUGACAGUAAAAAAAAUAUAGAAUAACAGGUUUGUCCUUUAAAACACUGUUCUGUUGCUCACUUGAAAUAGUUAAUAAUAUAAUUGUGUUAUAUGUCUGCCUGUAUUAUGUUAAGUGUUGCUUCGUGGCUACAAAAGUGACAUAAAUUUAAUGAAGAGGUCUAAACUGUUGGAGCUUUUAUUUUGAAUAAAAUAAUACUUGAUCAUA